CGUCCAUUCUCAAAACAUCUUCACUGAACAAUUCUCGGAAUCUGUAUUAUAUAAGGCUCUGUUGUACUUCCAUCAAUAGGCCUACAUUUUAACAUCAUCACCAUCUUUUUUGCCGGGUGAGUUGCUGCUCUAGCCUAUAAAAGUGUUAAAAAAAGUUUGUUGAGAUUGAGAUUCAAAAUAAGGAACGGAAACAGAAUUUACUAAUUUCCGCACCUAUCCCAUUGAAAGGAUUAAAUUCACCAUCCAUUUCUACAGGAAUCGCGAACAGGAAUUAUUCUGUAAAUGCUUAGCAGAAGCUCAAUAUAUAACGAAACAGGAAACCGGUGAUGAAAUCCUGCUGUCUACACAUCCAAAACAAUUAAUCCCUACCCACCCACCACGAUGUCUGUCACCACCACGAUGUCUGUCACCGCCCCGACAGCUGUGGAUGCCGGGGGUCGCUGCCCACCUAUCGGAAUACCCCUGGAAGGCAUCAUCCUGCCGCCCAUCCUCACCGUAUACGUCAUACUUGGGCUUCUAGGAAACGUAGUUGCCUUUUGGAUCUUCUGCUGGAAGCUCAAAAGCUGGAAAUGCACUGUGCAAUUCCUCUUCAACAUUUUAAUUGCCGACUUCUUCGUGCUGGUGAGCUUGCCACUGAGGAUCGAUGCCUUGCUCAGGGGUUACUGGGUUUUCGGUGACGGCAUGUGCCGGAUCAACCUCUUCCUGAUGUUCACCAACCGUUCGGCCAGUAUCGGCUUCAUGACGGUUGUGGUGAUCUACCGCUACUUUAAGGUGGUGCACCCACACCACCGCUUCAACCGCAUGACCAAGAGACAGGCCUGGUACGCGGCGGCCUUCCUGUGGCUGCUAGUCAUCGCUCCGCGGGUUCCUAUGCUGGCGUUCAGCCAUAUCAAGGGCGAAGGCAACCAGACCCAGUGUUUCUUCUUCACGUCCUACGGGGAGGCGUCGUGGGCCAUCCUCGUCCUGGUGCGCAUGCACCGCAUCCUGUCGGUGCUGGAGUUCCUCGUGCCCCUGGCCAUGCUGCUCUUCUGCUCGGCGCGCAUCUUCUGCGUCCUGAAGCGUCGGCAGAUAGACACGGCUGAGAGCGUGCGCGCGUGCGCGGCGAUCGUGGUCGUGUUUGCCGUCUGCUUCCUGCCCGGCACGGUGACCACGCUGGGGCUGUGGGUUAUCGGCGCGCAACGCCCGAUCGACUGCGCCUCCUUCUACGUCUUCACCCAGAUCACCGCUGUAUCGCUUGGCCUCAACUUCGUCAAAUUGGUGCUGGAUCCCGCCAUGUAUUACUUCUGCAGCCCCAUGUUCCAAAACGCCCUGGUGAGCGCGCUGCCGAAGGCGCUGCGCGGUGGUGGUGGCUGCUGUGGCUGCACGGGACACGGGGGGGAGGGAGACGGAGAGGAGGCUGCGGUGGGGACACAGUCCACCGCACAACAUGAACUCUGACCCAUCCCGACCGAGAAUGCGAGAAAGACGAUGGAAUGAUCAUUGAUGACAGCAUUAUUAUAUAUUAGUGAGGCCUUUAUGAUAAGCAUUAACUGCCUUCAACUGUAAUCAACUUUAUAACUCACAUAUUAUUAUGUGUCUGUAUGUUCCUUCAGAGGAGGCUGCAGUUUCAGGACCGCUGCACUUUAGGACCGCAUAUCAUGGUUGCCUUCAAGAUUAACCAAGGUUUAGAGAUGGUUAUGAUAAGAGAGGUUUAGGGUUUGGGUUAGUUUGGUUAGGAGGUUAGAUAUGGUUAAGUUUAGGUAUUGGGUUAGAGAUGGUGAGUUUAAGGGUUAGGGUUAUUUUAUGUUUGACAGGUCUAUGUUUAAUUAGCCAUAUGUGGUUAGCUAUGUGUUGUAUUUUAUCACGUUUUCAUGAAUUAUUCUAGAGUGACGAAUGAAUUGAAAUGUGAAACAGUGGCCCUUGGACUGCGGUCCUGAAAAUGCAACCUCCUCUAUUGUAGAAAUGAUCUCUUAAGGCCCAUUCACAACGUUAAAUACGGAUACGGACCGUUUCGUCCGGAUCCGGAGGUAUGAAUCGGCCUUUACUCCUUUGGGCAUAUACUGCAUCCCUCUCACUAUGCUGGUACAAUGUUUUCUGCAUUGUUCCAUUCAAUAGAGCUGUGAUUUUUCUUUUUUGUCUACAAGAUAUUGCAUUAUACAGUCACCAUGACUGUAUAUCAAGAAGAUUCUAGUUAUACUUAUGUUAUCCUUUCAAAAUCAUAGGUAAUUCCAGUGAAAAUAUACGAAUAUAAAUAAAAAUGGAACUCCUCACACCAACGUCACCUACAUACUUUUACUUGUAUGCAUUGCUUUAUACAAUAUUAUUCACACACGAUGCAUUAUGACACAUUCCUCAACCAGCAUCUCCAGUUCAUCAUUUUUUGUAGUUUAUGUUUGAGAAACAAUUAUCAGGAGAACAUUUUGUAAUGCACGGAAAUAAAAGUUUAACUUGUCAGAA